AUGUCUAUUAAUAAUAAUAGUAAUAUCAGUAGUAAAGAAGAGUUAUUCAGCAAGAUCUUUGGAUCAUUAACACUUCGAAGAGGCAUAUUCAAUCAUGUUAAAGAUCUCACUACUGAAAUGGUCAGACCCUAUUUCGAGUGGGACGGCCGACCAAGACAUUGUUGUGUGUUCAGUUGGAAACAACUACAGACAAAGAUCAUACUACUAUCAAAGUAUGGUUAUUUUGAAAGUGUUAAAAAACUACUGUUAAAAAAGGCAAAGACUACCAAAGCAGAUUGUAUCAAAGAAAUUAUAAAUUGUGCUGCAAACAAGGGAGAUAUUGACAUGUUGGAGUUUUGUUUGCAACAAGUAAAUGAGUUGGUAAAGAUAAAUAACAAGUUGAAGGCAUACUCUUUCUUUGAUAGAGUUACGGCAAAUACAGCUUUAAAAGGACAGUUUAAGGCACUCAAACAUGUGAUUGACAAUCUCAACCGAUUUCAUAUGGAUGUGUACCUCAGCCCAUUUUUCACUUCUAGUCUUGCACUCGCUCUUGCUUUUACGUCAAGUUAUCUACCAAUGAAUCUUGAUAUGGUGAAAUAUAUAUGCAAUGUUGGAAAAGAUACCUUUGCCACCAAAGACUACGCAUUGGGCGCCUCUCAUGCCGCUCAGGUUGGAAACAUUGAAAUCAUCAAAUAUCUCAAGACUAUUUCAAGUGAUAUUCAUUUGUAUUUGUCAUCUAUACUUCAAAACGCAAUGGACAACAAACAGUUGGAAGUACUAAAGUACCUCGACUCUGUCGAUCCAAUCAGUCAACAUUCCAAAGAUCUCUAUAUUGACGUCACAGGUCCUCUAUGUAAUGGAUUUUAUGACAUAGUGGUAUUUAUCAACGAACAUAUAUCUCCAAUCAAAGUCCUCCGUUCUCAUAAAGUCUGCGGGCUUUCUAUUGACCUGGCUGCAAAAUCAGGUAGUCUUGAAACAGUAGAAUAUUUAAACAGAGUAGACCCGGAAUCGUGCAGUGAAAAGGCAAUGACAGAGGCGGCUCUUAAAGGAGACAUUGAAAUUGUAAAGUUCCUUCAUCAACACAGAACAGAAGGAUGUAGUGGCGGUACUGUUUUACAAGCUGCUCUUAAAGGACAUAAAGAAGUGGUCGACUUUCUCUAUCACAACAGGACUGAACCCAUUGGAGAAUUCGUUGAGCAUAUGCUUAUUAGAAGUCAGGGUUCAACAAUAGCAUUCUAUGGCAGUCAAAUGCACUCUCUUUUAAUUAAUAAUCGUACAGAACUAAAUUAA